UGCAAACGUCACAACAUCACAGCGAAUCGCUUGAUUUGAUUGUCUCGCAAAUAUUGAAAAUCACUUCAUUCAGCGAAUUUGUGGUUAUCGGACUGCUCUAGAUAGAUUUGAUAAGAGAUAAUAAAUUGCUAAAACUUUGAAUUUAUAAUUUUAAAUAAAACUAAACAUGGGUGUUGACUUUUUCGGUUUUGCGUACGCCGCAACUGUUGCCGCUGGCGGUAUUAUGGGUUACGCAAAGGCAGGAUCCAUCCCGUCUCUUGGUGCUGGCCUCAUCUUUGGUUCCAUUUUAGGUAUUGGCGCAUAUCAAAUCAGCAGGGAUCCCUCUAACUACCAGCUGAUGCUUGGAACCACCACCGUCUUGGGAGGUCUUAUGGGAUACAGAUUCUACAACAGCAGAAAGUUCAUGCCAGCGGGCAUAGUGUUCGUGUUGUCAGUCGGGAUGCUAGCCAAGAUACUCACCAAGCAUGUCGGCUCGUCGCCAGUACCCAUCAAAUCUGGUUAAAUUGAACUGUUGCCAUCUUUGCUAUACCAAAGAGAAUUUGAAAUAGAGUUACUGUAAGAAUUAAAUUCAAAUGGCGUUUUAACAGUUUUCUGUUCUGUCGAAAGAUGGCAGUAAAUUUACAGCGGAUACAGAAUUUACUUUGACAAUCCGUCUCUAUACACUCUAUUCUCUUUGGCCAAACUGUGACAAUGCCCAGUGAUUUAAAUUAAUUUAUGUGCUAAUUAACGCUUUUAAAGUAUAGUUUUGAAGUUUUGAACAAUGUUUUCCUGUUAAAUGUGUUCCUGAGGUUUUUUCAAAGUGGGCAAAGUUGACACAAACUCGGUAUUUUAGAUUUGAGAAAGUAAAAAUUAUUUUGAAACUCAGCACAAGAUCAAAUUUAAUAACCAAUCAGCUUUUCUGACUUUUGUAAAUGUCAUAAUGUAAUAUUAUUACUAUAAUUUAGUUUACUGUACUCGUAGCAUAAUUGGGACAUAUUAUUGAACUUAUGUAGAUUAAGUUAAACAUUAAGAGAUAUUUGCACAACAGUUUUUUUGUUGUUGUCUGACCCUAAAGUUGUAUGUCUUAGUCCAUUCCAAUUCCAACGGUAAUAGAGUUUGACCAAGCUAAGUUUGCAGCGAUUUUAAUAGCACAGAUUGUGCAAGUGUUAUUUUAGACGUCAAACUUUUAUGAAAUUAUAUGACGUUUAAAUAACCCUUGCAGUAUGGGAUCAAAAUCGCUGUCACCUUAGCUUGGUCUAAAUCUAUUAAAAUCGUCCCAUUGGUGAAACUUAUACUCUAUCUUUAGGUAUUUAAAUAUAUGUAAACAAAUCUUAGAGAAUAUAACCAACGGAGUGGUCAUAUGAACAGGCGUUCCCCUCUGUCGAAAAUAGGCGGCCAAUGGUCAACCACAUGUCAACCACAUUUAUGGACUGACGUUUAUCAGACAUGGCUAUGUUUACGGUACGUAUACAUUUGAUGUGCCCCUCCCCCGCAAAAAACGGCAGACUAUUUUGUACCGAAAAUUAUAGAGACAUGAUGGCGUCUCCGUUGGUUAUAUACUCUAUGAAAUAAAUAAUUUGUACAUUUUUGGGUAGUAGUUAUAACAUUUAUUGGUUACCCAACUCAGGUCAGGUCACUGAACGACCUGACUAACCUACAUUAUUUGAUCAUGAUUGUUUUUAUCUCCCUCAACUGGCUUAAGGAGCCAUUUCAGGGUAGAUUUUGUUUGCUUUUAUUUAAAUACCUAAAGAUACAGACUAUAGGAUGGUCCAAAGAGUAUAUUUUUAUUUUUUGCAUUUGUAUUCUGUAGUUUUCACAUUAAUUGUACAGCUUGGAAAAAAAGAGUAGAAAUUAAAAAGUGGCAACACUGUAGUGUCGUCCCGUUUUCUUAUGUAUACUGGUUUGAAAGGGACGACACUAAAGUGUUGCCACUUUUUAAUUUAUACUCUUUUUUUGCCAGGCUGUACUGUAUCGUUUAUUUAUGACGUUAUUUCUAGGUGAUCCAGAAGAAGCCUGAUGUUUUUUUAUAUCUCGAAAUUAGGCAAAUAAAGGUGUUGGGACUGAAAA